GGAAUUAGACCAAGCUCUCUUCCUUUCUUUAAUCUUCUUUCAGUUUUCCUCUCUCCCCCGUUAGCAACCAACGGCCAGAAUCCAUUCAAAAAAUAGUUAGCACCAGAGCUUUAAUAAAGAAGAAAAACAAACCUUCCUUCUUUUUCUCUCCGGCAUUCCAUUAUCUAACUAGAACGAGAAACCAGAGCUUGCUCGGACGCGCCAAGCCUUCACAGCCAUGCCGAGCAAGCUCCGGCGAACCAUCGAUGCCGUGAAGGACCACACAAGCCUCAGCCUCGCAUUAAUCUCCGGCUCCUCCGACACCCACGUCGCAGUUCUCCGAGCCACCUCACACGAUCCUUCCCCCUCUGAAGAGAGAACGGUCGCCGAGCUUAUCUUCCUCGCCUCCUCCUCGCCGGAACGGGCCGUCCGUUCCAUCAACCGCCGACUCUCCCGCACCCGCAAUUGGAUCGUCGCCGUCAAGUCUAUGUUACUCAUCUCCCGCGGCAUCACCGACGCCGGUCCCGACUUCCGCCGCGAAGCCCUCGCUGCCACCGGAGAAGAUGGACGGCGCCGCCUCCUCGACCUUUCCAGCUUCCGCGACGAAUCCGGGCAGUCCUCCCCGUGGGACUUCACAGCCUUUGUGCGCACCUUGGCGCUCUACCUUGACGCUCGGCUGGAAGCUUCCGCUGCAGGCAAGCUUUUGCGGCGCCCGCGCCGCUGCCCUGUUUCAAGCCUCAAGCCUUCUGUUCUCGUGGAUCGAAUCGGACAUUGGCAGAGCCUCCUCGAUCGGGCGAUGGGGACCCGACCUACCGGUCAAGCCAAGGCGAAUCGCCUCGUCCGACUCACAUUCCAUUCCGUCGUCCGCGAAAGCUUCGACCUUUACCGUGACAUCGCCGACGGAAUCUCAUUUCUCCUAGAUAGCUUCUUACAUCUCCCCAUUGACUUAUGGCCUCACAUUUUCCAAGCGAGCAAAGCCUCGGCGAAGCAGUUUAAGGAGAUUGAAGAUUUCUACGCCGGAUGCAAGAAAAUGGGAAUCGGAAGGCAAUCUGAAUACCCAAGCCUGAUCAAGAUUACCGAUUCUCUUCUAGAAAAGCUUGAAGAGUUAUUGAAGGAGGGUGAAGCGGCAAAGAUUAAAAGUCCACUGAAGAAGCUGAUCCUGGAGCCGGCAAGGAAUGAAGGAGGUUCAAUGGACUCGGAAAACUGGGAGCUUGCUCUGCUUGAAAGCAUGAAUGAAUUGAGCAUCAAAUGUCAAGGAGAAGGAACGAAGGCAAAAGAAUUGGGAAAUUUGAACCAGGAAUCGCCGAUUAAUAAGAAUCAGGCUUUCACUACCAGCUUUCAGAAUCCUUUCCUGCGUGCUUCGAACGACAAAAGCUUGAUGGCAGUGACGCCGUCUCCGUCGAGCUUUAGAGCGGCGCCACUGAAGAAGGAUUCCAUGAUUGCAGCUAAAGAUCGAAGCUUGAUGACGUUGACUACAUCACCGUCGCCUUCGCCGUCGCCGAUGAGAUUCGGGUCCUGGGAUUAUAGCAAUCAAAGGAAGGAGAAGAUGAUAGAGGAAGAGCAGGAAGAUCCGUUCGAUGAGUUGGCGAAACGGGAGCGUCCUCCAUUGAUGUCGGAAGCUGCCAGAGAUUUCCGCGAACAGUAUCACAGGCACAGGUCUACGAAACCGUGAUUUCUUUUUGAAUAUUUGUCUUCAGCUUUGUCCACAGACCAUUGUUUUGCGGCUAAUUUUACAUUUGAGAA